CUGAUGUGUAUGCCGACCGACGAACAAGCCCCCAGAAAAAGAAAAAAAAGAAAAAAGGGAGGAAAGAGUACAAAGAAGUGAAUGUCCAGCACCACCCUUCUACCCUCUACUUCUGAUCAUUGGCCAUGGCGGCUGAACAGCGCUUAGUAGCCAGUAGGAGCAGGCACGGCGGGAGCAGUGCCAGUGGGGUAACCCCAAGCGCCGGUACCAGUGGGACCCCAUGCGCCAGUAGGGAAAGCAGCGUUGCCAGUAGGGACAGGGAAGACAGCAGAGGCAGUAGGACGAGGGCCCCAGUUGCCGCCCCAGUUGCUACCCCAGCUGCCCCACCAGAAACCGGGCUCGCUGCCUUGACGAGCACCCUCGAAUCUCUUCUCAACGGGCUUGGCAGCGUAGCCGGUGGGAGCAGGAGCAUCGCCAGGGAUCCAACCUGUAGGGAAGCCGGUAGGGAAGGCGAAUCCGCCAGUGGGUGUAGGAAAACCGGUAGGGAAGGGGAAGCCGCCAGUAGGGUGAGGGAAGCCUCCUGUGGGACGAGGGUGCCAGCCGAAGUGAGGAAGAGCGGCGGCGAGGUUGAGGAAGAGGGCAAGAGCCGAGACGAUGAGAGAUAGUCUUGCGAACAUGUUUGCUUGUGUAUGUGUGAUUUUGGUGGGAUUGUUGGUUGAAUCGACAGUAGAAAGUGGUAUAUUGCUCAGCGAGUGUUGU